UACCGUCCCUUCAAUCUCCUUAACUCUAUUUUAAGCAUACUCAACGCUUUCUCAUCGACAUUGCAAUCCCCCAUAUUUCACUUCUACUAGAUUUCCCUUCAGGCAUACAUCAUGGCCCUUGCUGAUCGCAUGAAGCAAUAUGAAGCAGAGUUCGAAUUCACGCUACCUGCUUCGUCUCCAGCCAUACUACGCUUAGAUGGCCGCAACUUCUCGCGCCUUGUGGCGCACUCAAUUUUUUAUCGACCUUUUGAUCAUAACAUCCACGAGUCUAUGGCAGCUACGUGUAGUGACUUACUCUUAAAACUCUUCCCCGAAGCCACCGUUGCCUACACGCGCUCCGACGAGAUCACGUUGGUGUUCCCUCAAGGCAUCCAUCUCUUCAAUGGAAAUGUGCAGAAACUUGUUUCCCUCGCUGCCAGCUACUGUAGCGUGCGAUUUAACAUGCACCUUAUGAAUGCACUGUCCCCAUUACUUCCGAGACUUUUAGGCGAAGAUGGCAUCCUAGGUUCGGCACAUUUCGAGGCGCAGUUCUUCACCGUCCCGACCGCCGAGGAGGCCACAAACUACCUUCAUUGGCGAUGCGCGGGGCGUGCGAUGGAAAGAAGCGUCAACGAAUUUGCGAGGACUUCAUUCACCCAAGACCAAAGGCAAGGAAAGACAGCCGGGGAACUAACUGAAAUGAUGCGGAGUAUGAAGAAUGCAUUCAACCAAGAACUGGUGCCGAAAUGGGCUAUCGAGGGAUGUUUGGUGAAAAGGACGUUAUAUCAACAGGAGGGAUCGAAUCCCCAAACAGGUCAACGGGAGAGGAUGGGACAGAUGAAGACAAAUGUUGUGGAGAGAGGGGUGGAGGAAUUCUCGGCGGAAGGUCUCAAGCUAGUGACCGAGAGAUAUUGGAACGAUCUCGAUUCUCCUGAUGCCCCUCCACUCUCAAAGUCGAUAACUCCCAUCUUGGUUAAUGACAGCUCUAUUUCCGCAGCAAACACUACUAUCUUCGGACCCAACGUCUACGUCUUCAAUGCCAGCAUGCCAGCAGCCGACAUCCAAGCGAAGGUGACGACUAUCUUCAAGCAGAUGGAGGCCAAUGAGUUCGGCACUGAGCGGUACGCGCUCCUAUUCAAGCCAGGGACCUACAAUGUGCUAUUCGAUGUGGGCUUCUAUACGCAAGUCGCGGGUCUAGGCCAGAGCCCGGACGACGUUUUGAUCGAGGGAGGUGUGAACGUGCCGGCAUACUGGAUGCCGAAUCGCAACGCCACCUGCAACUUCUGGAGGGCAUUCGAGAACUUCUCUAUCAACGCCUCGGAAGCCACCAACAACACGACGACGAUAGCCGUGUCGCAGGCAGCGCCGCUACGCCGUAUGCACAUCCGAAGCUCGGGCGGUCUCUGGCUAUUUCAGGUGGACCCGAGCACGGGAGCCGGGGGUUGGGCUUCCGGAGGUUUCAUGGCCGACUCGGUGGUCGAUAACCAGGUGCUUCCCGGCUCGCAGCAGCAGUGGCUGUCGCGAAACAAUAGAUACGGCACUUGGGCUAACGCCGUAUGGAACAUGGUAUUCGUCGGCGACUCUAACGCACCUAGCCAAGAUAAUUUCCCCGUUUCUGCCUACACUACAAUACAACGGACCCCCAUUAUUCGCGAGAAACCAUACCUCUAUAUCACAGGCCAAGGCCAAUACGAAGUAUUUGUCCCUGCACUGCAGACUGACACUCAAGGCCCUAGUUGGACAAAUGGCUCCUCGACUCCAGGAAAGUCUAUAGCUAUUGACCAAUUUUACAUAGCUCAACCACCUUCUGCCAGCGCGGCUAGCAUCAAUGCAGCAUUGAACUCCGGAAAGCAUAUUCUCUUCACGCCAGGUAUCUAUAAACUCGACGAUGCGUUGCGCGUUUCGCGAGCCGACACCGUCAUCCUCGGUUUAGGGAUGCCGUCGCUUAUUCCUACGAGCGGACAACCGGUCUUGUCCGUGGCCGACGUAGACGGGGUUACGCUCGCAGGCCUCAUAAUCGACGCGAGCGAGGUGAACUCACCUUCGCUAAUCGAGGUCGGGCCCCCAAAUAGCACGAUCGACCACGGGUCGAACCCGACGUUCCUUUACGACUUAACGGUGCGAACUGCAGGCCGUACCAAAAACGACGUCGGCAUCGUCAUUAAUAGCCGCAACGUGAUUGGCGACCAGCUGUGGCUAUGGCGCGCGGACCAUGGUGACGGGGCGGCCUGGGACGCCAACCCGACGAAGAAUGGCGUGGUAGUCAACGGCGACAACGUAACGAUAUACGGGCUAUUCAACGAGCACCACCGCGAGUACCAAACGCUCUGGAACGGAAACGGCGGGCGCCUCUACUUCUACCAAUCCGAGAUCCCCUACGACCCGCCCAACCAGGAGUCGUGGAUGAGCAAUGGCGGGAGGACGAACGGGUUCGCCUCGUACAAGGUUGCGGAUGGCGUGACGAGCCACGAAGCUUGGGGCUUGGGGAUUUACUCGUACUUCCGCGACUCCCCCACAAAGCUGGAGAACGCGAUCGAAAUGCCCGAGGUGGAUGGGGUCAGGCUGCACCACCUGACUACGGUAUGGCUUACGGGUGUGCCUGGGAGCGAGAUUACCCACAUCGUGAAUGGGGUCGGUGGUCGGGUCUACGCGAACAACCCGGAGUCGGCGAUGCGACAGACCUUGAACGAAUACUCGGGUGGUCGCAAUUAAUAUGUCGGGGUUAUGGAGACUUUGGUCUGUAGAUCAAGUGCUCUCCUGUUACAAGUUUAGUGCAUGCCUAUUACAUUCAUGGUCUACGUGGCUAUAUGGCUGCUUUAAUGGCUAGGUUGUGAUGCGAGUAGCCGUAUCGGCCUUCCAUCAACAUAAGAUGGA